GCUGAAGAGGUGCUACGUCUCCGGCUCGGCCUGCGAGGACCUGGCCGCCGCCCUGGUGGCCAACAAGAGCCUGGUGAGGAUGGACUUGAGCGGCAACCGCCUUGGGCUGCGGGGCCUGAAACUGCUGUGCGAGGGGCUCCAGUUGAAGAUUUGCCAGCUCACUGCUGCGGCCUGUGAAGACCUGGCCUCCACUCUCAGUGUCAAUCAGAGCCUGAGAGAGCUGGACUUGAGCCUCAAUGACCUGGGGGACCCCGGGGUGCAGCUGCUGUGUGUGGGGCUCAGCCACCCCACAUGCAAACUUCAGACUCUCCGGUUGGACAGCUGCAGCCUCACAGCCAAAGCAUGCGAGCCUCUUUCCUGCAUCCUGGAGGUCAACCAGACCCUGACUGAGCUCCAUCUGACCAAUAACGCCCUGAGGGACCCUGGCGUCCGGCUGCUGUGCAAGAGGUUGGGUCAUCCAGGCUGCAAACUGCGAGUCCUCUGGUGA